UUUUCUCCAUCAUCGUCUUUAUGAUUCAAUAUGUAUCUCUCUCGAUAUAUCUCUACAUCUUGUGGGUCUCGAUGUGGGAAAUUCUUUGAUUUUUGUCAUGGUGAAGAUGAUGAUUAUUCGUGAUUGAAUUUUACUGAUUAUUUGCCAAAAAAAAUUAUAAAGUUAAACGUGUGGAAAAAUGAAAAUCUUGAAGGUGUUUAUUGAUUUGAAUCGAAUUGGGUCCUCAUGUUUUUGCCUCAGUUAUGAAUAUAUUGAUGAAUGCUCUGAUGAUGGUGCCUGCAUGUUUUCAGCUGAAUUGGGAAAAUACAGGCUCUAAAUUUAGAAUGUUGGGCUCAAAAUUUUGGAGCCUCAGCUUGUCAUCUAUAUACUUGUAAGGAUGGAGUGAUUGAGUGGUAGAUCUUUAGGACUCGGGUGUGCAGGUUGUGAGUGCAAGAAGGAUUUUAUGACUUCUAUAUAAUAUGAUAAGAUUAUAAAACCCACCAUGGUUAUGGAUGACCUGACAAGACACAUCCAAUAUGAGAUUGUGUGGUGUAUGUUACUUGUGGUUGAUAUUAUUUUAGUUGAUGAGACUAGAGAAGGAGUUAAUGCCAAAUUGGAGGUUUGGAGAGAAGUUUUAGGAAAAAAAGGGUUUAAGAUAAGUCGAAAUAAAACUGAAUACAUGUAAUGUACUUUUAGUAAAUCUAGAAAGACAAAUGAGGAGGAUUGAGAAUCAAGAUGUACAAAAACUGAAUUUUUUUGUUAUUUAGGCUCAAUGAUUCAUAAUGAGGGAGAAAUUGGAGAUGACGUUAAUCAUGUAAUCAAGGCAGGAUGGGUUAAAUGGAGGCGUGAAUCUAGGCUAUUGUGUGAUAGGCGUAUCCCCUUACAACUGGAAGGGGAGCUCUAUCAAACAACUAUCAGACGAGUCAUACUUUAUGGUAUCAAAUGAUGGGCAGCUAGGAAACAACAUUUGCAUAUAGCCAGUGUGGCAAAAAUGCGAAUGUUGAGAUGGAUGUGCAAUUUGACUAGAAAUGAUAGAAUUAAAAAAAAAAAAAAAAAAAUCGUUCGGGAGAUGGUUGUAGUAGCACCAAUUAGAGGUAAAAUGAGAGAAAAAGCUCCGUAGUCAUGAAUAUUUAGUGCUAAACAAAAGCUCCGUAGUCAAUCUUGAUUGUCAAUAUAAUUUCGAUUUUCCUUUGUCACUUGUGUUCAAAUCAAGCUCUGUUGCUUCAUGAAUAUGGAAAAAUUAAUCUUUCGUAAAUUAAUAUGGAAAAAUUAAUCUUUCGUAACUUUGCUCUGAAUGAUGAACUUUCCAGAAAGGUUUUUUGGUCAGUGUAUACUUGCAAAUAUUUAGCUUGAAAUUAUCUGGUUAGAGGAUUGAUGCUAGUUAACUUUCUUGGAUUUAACAUGUGUAAUGCUGAUAGUUCUAGGCGAUUCCUGGGUUGUUUAUAAAAUCUGUGCUUGGAACUGUUUAUUUGGGUUUUUGGUGUGUGAGACCCUAAACAAUGUUAUCAAAAAUGUUGAAAGAGUGGUUGUGAUUUCAAAUAUAUAACAUUAGUUCAAAGUUAGGAAGAAUGAUAUUGUCCAUGUUGAUAUAGUAGGGAAGGAUGUAAUAAAUCUGUUUGAACGAGGCUAUGACUUUGGAUAGUGCAGAAUGGAAAAAUAGGAUUCAUGUAGCCGACCCCAGGUAGUUGGGGAAAGAUUUUGUUGACUACAUGAGUACGGAGCACUUUUACGAAGGCUCAUAUUGGAUGGAUAAAAGGAAUUAGUUACUUGGAUCUGAAACUAUCAUUAACUUACUGGGAAUAUAUUCGCUAAUCCUUAGAGGGGUCAAUUUCAUCUAUUGUAUGGGGAUUUCUGUUCUGGCUAUUCAACACUCACCAAUGAUUGAGCAUUAGCUUACUGGGAAUAUAUUAUGGUUUGUCUUAAUUGUUGAAAUAUAAGAUGACCGAGAAGAGUGGGUGAUUAACUAAUGAUUGGUUUGGUCAAAAGGAAGGGUGAGCUGAUAAUUUUAUCUCAAUGGAUAAUCAAAAUUAGCGCAAUGUUGAAGCAUUAGUUUACCGGGAAGCAUUUGUGGGUUGUUGAUGAUUCUUCCAUGAUUUGGUUGGAAAGGGGAACGAAAAGACAGAUGGGGCCUUUCCAUCUGGCCCCAUUAUUCCUUCCACCCAAAAGUGGGAGGAAAGGAGGAGGAAAUUCCCCCUCUAUUCACAUAUUGUGUCCCUCUGAAGAGAAGGGGAAAUUUUUGCCUAUAAUAAUAAUAUUCUAUUUAAGAAUACAUACCCGUCCCAUAUUUCUUUCUCAAACCACACUAUAUUCUAUUUAAGAAUACAUACCCGUCCCAUAUUUCUUUCUCAAACCACACUAAAAGAGUGAAAACCUCCUUCCUUUCUUUAGGGACCUCUUCUAUGCCUUCCAUCUUUCCUUCUUCCUGUUUUUCAUCCCUCAUACAAUCAUACCGAAUGAAGCAUGAAAGAGGAUGUGGUUUUUGAUAGAGCUAAGGAAAAUGUACUUGUCUUAUCUACUCAAUAGUUCAAAUUGGGGCUUUGUGAAUUGAGUCGUAACCUGUUGAAUCAGACAGAAUGGUAGGACUGUUUCUGUCAAUGUGAAAUUUUGGCAUAUAAAGCUCAUACAGGAACAUGGCAAACAGCAUGAUUCAAAAAACUGUAUGCUGUCAGUUAGAAUCUGAUGUAACAGGGACUUCUCAUGACAACCUAAAUUAUGGGGGCAUAUCUUCUUGAUUUUUUUCCUGAUAUGAAGUUGAGUUAAAAGAAACUAAUUUCUCGCUUCUGGUAGGACAAGUAAAAGGUUACUAAAGCAUGAUGCAAUUUUUAUCCUAGAUUUGGUCAUAAUAUUAUCAAGUCAGAUUUUGAUGCAUGACAAGUGACACAUCCUAGUAUAUGUGCUUCAUGCUGAGUGUAAAUGUAUAAAGGAAUGUCGUUGAAUAUAUGGAUAUAAGCCUAAAAUGGAUAGUUUGUCAUCAUUGUUAAUAUUAUACUUUUAUUUAUUACCCUUUUUCUCUGCCUUUAUUCUACAAUAGUUAUUGUUACUGUGCCUCAUGCUCUUGAUAAGCUCAUUAUUUAAUUGCCUAUUAUAUUGGGAGUGGGAUCAGUGGUAGUUUAUCUUUAAAUCAAUGAUAAAUAAGUGCCAAAGCUGCCUAGUUUCUUAUACUAUUAAAAAAAAAAAAAAAAAAGAAUUAUUGAAAUAAUCAUUGAUAUGUAACAUGCUGAUGAUUUCUACAUUAUGCAGGGCACUGACGGAAGAAAAAUAUUCUGCUCUGCAUUAUUUGAUUGCUCUCCACUGUUUAUCAUGUUAAUUAUCUUAGCAAAUGACCAGAUGUUUUGGGAAGACUUCACAUGUUUGGACAUUUCUCUGUGCAUGCUUAACAAAACUAUUGUUCAUGUGGCUGCAAAAUACCUGGAAUCAGACAUAUCCUGAUGUCAUGGACUAUUUCUUGCCCUAGGGACCAAGUUGCUUUUGGAUUUGUUGAGCUACUCUGCUGCUAGUUUUUCAGCUUUGCAAGAUAUCCUCUUCUAGUUGACAAGGAGUUGAUGAUUAUUGUUGAGAAAUUCACUAUCGAACAGUUAAAUUUGGCGAAGGAUUCAAUGUUGGAGAUUAAGAGAAUUCAUGCUUUUGGUUUGGAAAUACUGAAGACAGCACAGGGAGUCCUUGAUGCUGUGAUACGACUUUGCAAGGUGUAUUCUGAUGUAAACUGGGAUUUCUUCAAUGCAAGAAUUGAUAAAGCUAAAAACAUCAUAGAUUUUGAAGGGGCUGAUAAUGCAAAUCAUGUUAUCAAUAUAACAAGUCGCUGUGUAGAAAAACUGUGUGAAUUGGGUAUCCUUGCAGCUAAAGAUGGUGGGAGUCUUGUGACUAUACUUAAUUUGUCAUGGAGAGGUGUGGUUACCUUGCUUCAGCGUGGCAAGGGCGCUUUAGCAGUAAAGGUGGAUGUGGCUGAUAUUGUUCUCAUUCUAAUUUCACUGGCAAAUGAAUCUUUAAGAUGUGCAGCUGAGAAUUGGUCUUCUGUGCUGAAGGAAGCGGUUUCUGUGGCAGAUGCUAAAAGGAUAUUCCUACCAGUAAAAUUUUACCUGAUUAAUGCAGUAAGAAUAUCCUCCCAAUACCCAUGCCAAGCAUUUUCAAUAGACAGGGAUAUAACACUAUGUGUCCUGAUGAUCUCAACUUUCAGAAUCUCACUGAGUAAAGGGGAACUCCUGAAAUCUGCUAGUGAAUUGUUGGGAGAACUUCUGGAGCCAACAGCAUUCCAUUUUACUGAAUUCUUUAUUAAAUUCAGCUCAAGUGAAACAGGAACACAAGUUCCAAAUUCUGUACUGGUUGUUCAUUGAUGAAAGUGAUUUAAUGAUUAUCCCUGGAGGUCGGAAUAGUAACUAUAGGACUACUUCAAUCGAUAAAAUGUUUUCUUUAAAUUGUGAUGCUAUGCAUGGAGCAAGAAUAUUAUUGCUUGGUCGGGUUGCUUUAUUUCUUAGUUUUUUGAAAAGUGCUGCUGAUCUUGAAGAAGAUGUAAUACUAGGGAUCACUAGAAAGCUUGGAUGGCUUUUUGAUGUCUUAAUUGAUGUGGAGGUGUAUUCUUCCGUCCUUGCUUUGCAAGUUCCUAUAUUAAAUGGUUCUAGUGAAACCCCGGAAUUAGCUUAUGAGCCUAUGUUUUCUAACAUUCUGCACGCACUGAAAACAUUCAUGAUUGUAGUCUAUUCCAGUCCAGCUUGGGGUGAAAUUGAAUCCUUCCUGCUCGAAAACUUCUUGCAUCCUCACUUCCUUUGCUGGGAGAUUGUUAUGGAACUUUGGUGUUUUAUGGUGCGUCAUACUGAAAUAAACAUGGUGACUGACAUUAUCGAUAAACUUUGCUUAUUGUUGAGAUUUGUGGCUUCUUCAAAUUCAGUUCUUGUUCCUGGUAGUGCUUUACGCAAAAUUGCAAGAUCAAGUUGCAUGAUUCUUUCAUGUAGUCCACAACAUAUGGUAGAUCGAGCUUACGGUUCCAUUGUUGGCAGUAGUGGAUCUAAGUUGUCAUCAGUUAUGUUUGUAGCCUUGCUUAUGGAAGGUUUCCAGCUAAAUUUGCUUUCGGAUAAGAUGAGAAGUGUUGUCGAACAAAGAAUUGUAAUGGAAUAUUUUGAGUUCGUGGAGAGCUUCAAUGACGAAUCGUUGAGAGUGUGCAAUUCUGAUGCGUUUGGUGCACCAGUCUUUGCUAUGUCUGCUGUUUCUCAGUCUCUUGUUGGCCCCUAUGUGGAGUGCUAGGAGGGAAGACUGGAGAAACUUCAACUCUUGGCAUUAUUUUUGUUUAAAAAAAAAAAAAAAAAAAAAAAAAAAAAAAAAUAGUUGCUCUAAUAUUGAAACCCUUGUCCUCAUGCUUGUCAGUCUGGGUUUUUAAAAUUACAAAGACUGGUGCACCAAACGCGUUCUUUAUAUAUAUGCAUACAUAUUUUGUUUCAGUUAUUUUCUCAAAAUUCUUGCCUACUGUGUCUUUACUACCAUUCUAUGUACCAAAUUAACGUCAUUUUGGUGCAUAUCAUGGAGUCCAAAGCGAGCUGCACGAACCUCCAACACAUGGUCCACAUUGGACUCCAUGCUUGUGCACCAAAUACGUUCUAAUUAUAGUAAUUAAUUAAUACAACAAAAACAAUAACACAAAAAUUACAACUAUUUUUCCAACGAAAGGAAAAUUUUAUAUUUAUUUCAAUAUCUAAUAUCAAACUUAACAAUCAAAAGACAUGAAUUAGCUUAGAAAUUGAUUUACUUCCUUACAAUUGUUUUUUGCCCCUCUUUCUUUUUACUUGAGGUGUUGGAAUAGGAAAAACGAGACUAUUCACAUAUGAAACUGCUAUUGGCUGCCAAACUUCUGUUCGUGCAAGACGAGUGCACCUGUUAUUUUUAGGAUUAUAGAUGAAUAUCUUUAUCUUAUAAAGUAUCAUCACAAUAUCACCUUUCUUCGUAACACACAAUGGCUCCAAAUAAUUUAUAUGUCUUUUAUGUAUCCAAUGUGGGAUGACAAUUAACUUGGUCCAAGAAUUAUGCUCACCAUAUUGCUCCAUAGUCCACACCUCAAAAUAGUUCUUAUCAAUGGUACUAAAAUAUAAACUGAGGCAUCCUUUCAAAACCGUCAAAUCAAACAUAGCUCCCUCAUUUAUACAAUUUGGUGAUGGCAUCUCCCUGAACUUGUGAUCCACCGUAUCAAAGUAAACAAUCACACACUCAUAUUGGUUUGUACGGCCAGCAACGUAGAGUUGUUCGUCUCUGUAGGAAUCACCAUACAUAAAAGUUGUGUAGGAAUCACCAUACAUAAAAGUUGGUGGAUCAGAGGUUCCAACCAUGCCCAAUCUGUCGGGAGAGGGAGGUCUCACGUUGGCAACUCUAGCCGUGAUUGACUCUAUUAUUAUUGAUCAAGGAUUUAUAAGCAACCAUGUGUAAUACUCCAUUAGCAAUAACGCCCGAACAACCGCGAUAACCCAAAUAAGGAAAGCGGUUAGUCCCGGUCCAGCAUUGACCUCUGAAACUGUAAACCACAAAAUCUGACUUACAGAAAAAGAGGAACUUAUAAUCAUCCAUUAAAGAAUCAUAGCAAAAUCCACGUAGUGCAUAAUCCUUAUAUAUUUGAUCAGGACGUGAGAACUUCUUGUAUGCUUUAGUUGAUGGAUUCCACAGUACACAUAUGGGUUCCUUUAUAAGACUCAACACUACUAAACCAUUCCAAGAACACUUCAGUACAUAAGACUCCUUAUACUUCUUACAUGGAAAGCAUAGUUUUUGCUCAGAAUCAUCACUGCAGUCAUAGGCUAUGGAGUUGAAAUCGUUGGUCUUCCAUCGGUUGUAGCCGCAUGCUUUGACCGUCAAACUUAAUUGAUUCAUUGAGAUAUGAUCUCUCAAAUUGGGGAAUUGGAAAUUGCAGCAAACAAUGAUUUACAAACGUACCUAAAUCGCAAUAGAGACUUGACGGGUAGUCUCAAGAGUAUAAUGUGAUUUCAUAUGACGUGUCACCUUCAAUUCCUCGUUUCCUUCGGUGUAUCAUGGCUUCGCUCUUCUCAGCGGCGGCAGAAGGAUUCAUGCAGGAAGAGUUUUAGGUUAAAAUAACAGGAAGGGUUUUUAAGCUUUAGGUUAUAUAUAUAUAUAUAUAUAUAUAUAUAUACAAAAUCCUAACUUCCAGAACCCUAACUUCCCCGCAAAAAGUCCAAGUGAAGAAAGGAUCGACGACAUCGCGACUCAGAGGCUUUCUUGGAUGGGACACAUUGUCUGUUGAACUCGUCGGAGCCUCAAGUAUAUUAUUUCGAUAGAUAGGAAUUCAAAUCAAUGAAUGGACAGGCGAACGUCAUGCACCAGGAAAUCGAACCGCUCUAACAAAUGAAUAUGAAUUCCAUUAAAUACCUUCCUUAGUCUCUAAGGAAGUGAAGAAAGAUACUCACAAUCAGACUAUAUAUAGAAUUACCCAUAGAAGAUACAAGCUUCAAUACGCCUACUCACAAGCAAAAGGAUUACACAAAGGUUACCUAUUAAUUAUUAAAGGAAGCCCAGAGGAAGUGAACCGGUUGUAGCAGUCUCGCUUGCAGCUCCUGUAGUAUCCCUGGUUUUUCUUUGAUUUUUCAAAACCCUAAGCCAAAACCGUGAUCCCCCUCUCCGUCGGUUCCCCAAUAAAGGGUCUGACCUCAGACACCAAAGGGUCAAUGAAACGCUAGAGAGGAUCUAGCCAGCGGCUGCCAAGGCUCGCCGCGAUCUUCUUGCCGCCGGAGAAUGUGUGUCCGCAUGGAAGGUCGUGCAGUCUCUGCUGUUGACGCUGCGAGCCGAUUCAUGGGAAUCGUUAGGGUUUCAAAUGCAACAAAUCCAGCAUCUCCAACGCCUUAUAGAAACAGAAGCAAAGGUAACGUGAAAAUAACAGUAUUUUUUUCCCUUAAUUCUCUGCUUGAUUGCUGAGAAAAGUUUAGGAAAGAAAGCAAGUAAUUGUUGGAGUCUUUAUUAACUAAACAACAACAAAACCCUUUCCCAGAACUCUACCCACAACUUUGGUCUUAUUCUUUCCUAGCAUUAAUUCCCUCCAUGUUGUCCAUGUCACUUUUCCUAAUUGUCCAUGUAAAUUAAUUAUAUCGAUCUUUUAUGAAAAAUCUCAUUCAGGAUUUUUAUUUUUAUUGGCCAAUCUUCCUUUCUAAAGUUGAUAAUAUUGAAGAUGUGUUUGUGGAUGGAUUUCACCUUUCAAGUUCAAAUAAUUUCCACACAAAUCUCUUGUGAAGUAACAAUACUUUGACAAGUAACAUAGCUCACUUUCACUCUUAUUUCUGGUCAUGAAGAAUUUGAGAAAAGUUUAGGCAUCUGUAUUUUGAAAACUGACAAUUAUAGUUUUCAUAAUAUCAUUCAUGUUACAUCAAACAAUAUAAUGUGUCUUAUAAUCUGAUGAUGCAUGUUGAAUGGUUCAUUUGUAUAGUGUUUAGGAAUAGUUGUAUAAAAAAAUUGUUUAACUACUUGCCAAAUAGGCUCAAAACAAUGCUCUAUUUUAGGUUAAAAUAGUUCUUUCAGCAAUAUAAGAGCUUUAAUAAAUGUUUUGCCAAAUAGAUAAAGGAAAAGCUUCUGCCAUUAAAAGCUCUUUUAAAUACACUUUCCAAACACUAAUGGAUAAGGCAAAUGGAAGUGAUAGCUUGUACUUCUCUCCCUUUUUUUUUUCCUUAAAAUAAAAAAGAAGAAGCAAAAGCUAUGCCAAACAAGCCCUAUCAGAGUGUGCCUUAACUUAUAGUAUUGAGAUUGGCGUAUUUUUCCAUUUCAAUUUCUUCAAUUUAUAUUAAUUUUUUACUUUUUAUUUUUACUUUUGUUAAUUAGGUCAAUGCAUUUAUCCACUGCUUUGUUGGU